AUGAAGUUCUCCACGAUUGCCGGCUCUCUUCUUUUCUCCAGCGCUGCGCUGGCCGUUCCUCUCGCCGAGGAGAACCUUGCUCGCCGCGAGGCGAAUCGCGCCGCUCGCCGUGCUCUUGCUCACAAGCAGUCACAUACAAACCAUCGCGUUGAGACGGCAGGGGCCGAUAUCGCAGCAGAGACCUACUCAAGCAACUGGGCGGGCGCCGUCCUGAUCGGAUCCGGCUACACUUCUGUAACUGGUACCUUUGUCGUUCCUUCUGUUAGCAUGCCCAGUGGUGGCUCCUCUAGCGAGCAAUACUGCGCGGCUGCCUGGGUUGGAAUCGACGGCGACACUUGCAGCACUGCUAUCCUGCAGACUGGUGUCAACAUAUGCAUUCAAAACGGCGAGAUCACCAACACCGCCUGGUAUGAAUGGUUCCCUGCUGCCCAGGAGUACUGGUCGUCCGGCAUCAGCAUCAGUACGGGUGAUACCAUCACUGCCACAGUCACCGCCAGCAGCGAAAGCGGCGGUACUGCUACCGUGACCAACGAGUCUAGCGGCGAGUCCGUCUCACACACAUUCUCUGGCCAGAGCAGCGAGCUCUGCGAGACCAAUGCUGAGUGGAUCAUGGAAGAUCUAUCGUCUGGCGGCGGCCUCCUUGGCUUCGCUGACUUUGGCAGUGACUUCACCUUCACUGGCGCAUCUGCUGUUUCCAGCGGUUCCACUGUCGAUACCACUGGCGCUACCAUCAUGGACAUUGAGCAGGACGGCACCGUUCUCACUUCUAGCAGUGCUUCCGGUAGCACUGUUACCAUCUCUUACGAGUGA